ACUUGACUUUGCUGCACAGUGAGAGCACACUGCAUUCCUGCACGGUUGUGUAUAUUUUCUCUUCGUGAUCAGGACCAGGAAGUGACAUAACGAGAGGGCAGUAGAUAACUUCUGCCCUCACAGCACCUAAAUGUUUUAUCCAUUCUCCGUUCGUUUGAGGUUAUUUUGUUUUAUCCAUGCACAAUUGGACGCUCGCCACGCUUCGGGCUCGGUGUCUCGCUCCGCUUCAUUUGCCACAGGUUACUAUUCCAAAUUGUGACGUGGACCCAGGGGCUCAUGGGAAAGGUCCUCUUCAUGAAGGGAAACUAGAUACUACCAUUCCUGCACCCAGAGACCAGCCAGAGGGACUACUAUCCUGCCAGUCAGCCACAGGGACCAGCCUGUAGCAAAGGGGCCAGUCAACUGCUCGGACUGCAAAGACAUGUCAACUCUGCUAAAAGAAUUGCGGUUCAAAGUUCCCUGGGGACACCUUGCAGCCAAAGCCUGGGGCCCACCUGAUGGCCGCCCUGUUCUCUGUCUACAUGGUUGGUUAGAUAAUGCAAACACAUUUGAUAGACUUAUUCCUUUGCUUCCACAAGAAUAUCACUACGUAGCUGUGGAUUUCUCAGGACAUGGACUAUCCUCCCACCUACCACCUGGGACUAGGUAUCAACAUUUGGACUAUGUGACUGACGUACAUAAAGUAGUGACAAAUUUAGGAUGGAGAAAAUUUUCUAUUUUAGCUCACAGCAUGGGUGGUGUCAUUGGUGGACUGUUUGCCUCUGCAUUUCCUGAGUCUGUCAAGCACCUAGUACUUCUGGAUUCUUAUGGAUUCUUUCCUCUUCACUCGGAUUUGCUAAUAAGCCACCUGAAAAAGGCUGUCCUCCACUAUUCUCGUUUAGAAGGUGUAAAUGGAGAAAAGGUUUAUACACACGAAGGAGCCUUGCAGAGAUUAUUGGAUGGCAACCCAUCACUGAAUCCUGAGACUGCCAAGGUUCUCCUGCAACGUGGGACGAAAUCUGUGCCUGGAGGUGUGAUUUUCAGCCGGGAUAUAAGGAUCACUGUGAAUAAUUCAGCACCUCUAUCAAUUGAGCAGUGUUUGCAGAUCAUGAAGGACAUUCAGGCUGAAGUCCAUAUUAUAAUGGCUAAUGAAGGAAUGGCAGCUGAUUUAAUGCGAGGAGUUUAUACAGACAUGGGACAGACUUUAAUGCAAGGAUUCAAAGAAAACUUGAAGGAGCAUUUUCAAUCUACUGUUGUGGAUGGAAAUCACUUUGUUCACUUGAAUGAGCCAGAGAAGAUUGCCAAGAUCGUCAGUGACUGCCUGUCUGACAGACCAAAUAUGAACUCCCAACUUUAACCAGUGUGUGUCCAGUGUCAUCUUAUUGAAGAACAAGUGGUCUGCAGUUCUGAAAUGAUUUUUCUUUUUGUAUGUAGUAUUUAAAUCAGCAGAGAUGGAUUUCAGCAGCAGGGUACACUGUGUUCCACAGGGAAUACAUCGGGGUCUAGAGAUGGAUCUUGAUCCAGGCACCAACAGGUUAAAGCUUUAGCUGUCCCAGGAUGCAUUGGGGCCUCCUCUGUAACCCUCCCCCCCCUCCAGGCACUGUGUGCUCAGUUUCGAGUUGGUGCCUGCAGGCUAGUCAACAGGAGGGCUGUGCACAGCAGCCCUGAAAAAAGCUUUCUCAGAAGACUUCAAGGGCCGCAGCACUGUAACAUGUCAGAGUGACAUUCAGUGCUGCGGCUCCAUCACCUCCCAAGCGGUGUCGCAUACUUCCGCGGCUCAGUUCCCGGGUACUUGCGGCGGAGACGCUCCGGCUCUAGGCACACGGACGCAGACUCUCUCCUGGUUCCGAUGGCUGCUACGGGGAGGAGGUAAGAGGGUCCCUCAGGCGGGACCCGCUAUAAAAUUGUGUUCCGUUCGCAGUCUAGGGAGAUGGACUGCGACGCUGGCGUGGACACUGUUGCGCACAGGAACCCCAUUAUAUCUGCCUGGGCAUAGGAGUACAGGUCGGGUGUACUAUCACCCAGUUUAAUAAGACUCCGUAGGACCAGGCGGUGAGGAUCAGCAUAGGGAAGCCGGAACUUGACCUGUAGCCCCUCCCCCGGCACCAUCUCUCAGCAGAUAUUCCCGCCCUGGAGCCGCCUUUAACUUUCCCUCACUUAGACGCCAUCUUAGGUAUAGCUGCGGCUGGUUUCCGGGACUGCAGGGCAAGGUCUCCCUUGUAAAGCUGCCUGUCUACAGCGGUGUGACUUUACAAACACUUAAGUAUUCUACAUGUCUUUAUACAGACAGCAUUAGUUAAGAACAAGUAUACCUGUUACAGAAUAUAUUGCACAAGUAUUCUGAUAUACACCUCCGGUCUAGGACUGGACUGUGCUGUGUUUUUUUUUUAUAUAUAUAUAUAUAUAUAUAUAUAUCCUGAUAUACAGUUGUAUACUAGUCCAGCGCAGUUUUAUUGUCAUAACUAAUAAUUAUCUGCAUUGUCACUGUGACUGUGUGUGCCUGUAUCUGCUGUGUGAAUUUCACUUUCAGUGUUUACACAGAUAUAUCUAUCACUAUAUUCUGUACCCUAAGGGACUAGGUGCAUCAGGGUCGUUUAUGUAGUGCGUCACAAUAUUUACCGAUUAUGCGUAUUAUAUUGUGUACUCAGUCACCUACUACCGGAUUUAUUCACAGGUGGUGUAUACUGGGGACACAGGGGGACAUUUACUAAGCAGUGAUAAGAGCGGAGAAGUGAGCCAGUGGAGAAGUUGCCCAUGGCAACCAAUCGGCACUGAAGUAACAUCUAUAAUUUCCUUACUAUAAAAUGGUACAGAGCUGCUGAUUGGUUGAUGGGGCAAUUUCUCCACUGGCUCACUUCUCUACUCUUAUCACUGCUUAGUAAAUGUCCCCCUCAGUCUCAUAAUACCGGAUUUAUUUGCAGGUGUCGUGUAAUGGUUACUCAGUCGCAUACUAAAGAAUUUAUUCGCUGGUAGUGUACUCUGUCUGGCUAUAUCGUACUCAUACGCUCUAUUGUUGCUUUUACUGAAAUGUCUAACAAAAAGGGCAGUAAAUCUGGGGAUGCUCCCGCAUCAUGCAUGGCAUGCACCAAGGAUUUACUUAAGGGGGACGUUUUACAUGAUGGUGUGUGUAAUGUGUGCCAUACCUCUCCCAGUCAGUCCGCAGCUCCUGCAACCCAUCAGGAGCCACCCUGGGCUAUGUUCUCAACUCUGUUGGGUACUCUGGUGGACCGCCUUACGCCUACUAUGGUAUCACCUGUGCCACUACAGUCACAAAUUGUCCCUAUGGUUAAUCUGCCUUGGUUGGAUAAUUUGUCCAACCAGUUGCAGCAAUUAAACCAAUCUUCGGUUAGACAUAAAUCUGCUAUAGGUCACACUUGUGCCCCUGGGUCAUCUAGGCGGACUGCUACUUCCUCACAGUCCACGCUUCUCUCAGACGUUUCUUCUUAUGAGGAUGGGGAACUAACUUUCCUGUCAGACACUGAAUCAGAUGCUUCUGACGAGGGAUCUUCUUUACAGGUGGAUGUCCCUGACUUGGUGGUUGCUAUUAGACAGAUUCUCCAAAUAUCGGAUGACGAGGAGGAUACCACUGCGGUGGCUAAGACACCUGACCAGUUUAAACGUCAUAAGGUAACUAAAAAACUUGACCAUUUAGUGGACCUACGCCGAGAACCCUGGUGUGAGCCAGGGAAGAAAUUCCCCCUAUCUAAAAGGGCCUUGGCUCGAUAUCAUCUCCCUGCAGAGUUACAGUAUGUAACAAGUGGGAAAAUCCGCCACCGGUGGAUUCCCAUGUCACCCGUCUGGUGGUAUCUUCUACUCUGCCUGUCACUACUGUCACCUCAUUGAAGGAACAGACAGACAAACAUGUGGAUGGCUGCCUGAAAUUGAUUUACUCCCUAACAGGUGCUGUACAUAGACUAACUAUUGCUGCCUCCUGGGCGGCAAAAGGUAUUGAAGCAUGGGUUCAGGCACUGGAGGAAGAGCUACCCGAUGAAUUAUCUGACAAGGCCAGACAAUAUCUGUCUCACAUUACCACCGCUGCCUAUUAUAUCCAGGAAGUGUCCUCUGAGGCAGGUGUAUUGGCGGCUAAGGUGUCAACUACGUCUGUCCUGGCCCGCCGAAUUCUGUGGUUGAGGUCAUGGAAGGUGGACCUGGACUCCCUUUUAAGGGAGACAUCUUUUUUGGGGAAGACCUAAAUAAAAUUGUCUGAUUUACGGGCUGCUAAGACUACAUUUCUCCCAAAUCCUACUCCCUCUGCACAGAGGGCAAAAGGUACCAUUUUUCGUUCCUUUCGGCCUCAUGGGAAAGCAAAAGGUCAGGCAUACCUGAGACAGUCUCGUGCUACCAAAACCACAAAGCCCAAAACAAAACAGUCCUGGGCGGCCCAUCAGCCUGCUUCUAAAAAAAGACAAGCCUGCCACAUGACGGGGCGGUCCUCCUCUACAAUUCACCGAGGUCUGGUUAAAGACUACUUCAGAUGCAUGGGUGAGGAAAGUAGUCUCUCACAGGUACGCAGUCUCCUUCAAGAGACGUCCCCCCUCGCCAGUUCUGCUCCACGGUUAUCCCUUUGGAUCCGUUAAAAGCGCACGCUCUACAAUUGGUGGCGAGUUCCCUCCUGGAUACAGGAGUGGUGAUGCCGGUACCCCUGUCCCAGAGAGGCAAAAGGAUACUAUUCGACCCGGUUUCUAAUUCCGAAACCCAAUGGGUAUUCCAGUCCUAUACUCAACCUCAAUCGUUGAACAAGUUUGUGAGAGUAUCCAAGUUCCGUAUGGAAACUCUGCGCUCGAUUGUACUGGCCAUGGAACCUGGAGACUAUAUGGAAUCCCUGGAUAUACAGGAUGCAUACCUGCAUAUACCUAUUGCCAUGUCACAUCAGCAAUAUCUGCGGUUUGCUAUUGGCAACAUCCACUAUCAGUUUCUGGCUCUGCCAUUUGGACUGGCUACGGCCCCUCGGAUCUUCACCAAGGUUAUGGCCGUAAUGACGGCUCAUCUCCGUCACCAGGGAAUACGGCAGUAUCCUGCCGUAUUUGGACGACUUGCUGAUCCUCGCAAACUACCACAAUGUCCUUCUAAGCCAUCUACAACUGACCGUAAGCUUCCUACAAGCCCACAGGUGGCUUAUCAAUUGGAAGAAAUCCUUGCUGGUCCCAGCUCAGAGCAUGGUGCACCUGGGGGCACUGCUGGACAUGCACAGUCGACGGCUGUUUCUGUCUCCAGAGAAGAUCUUGAAGCUUCAGGACAGGAUAAGAUACUUCCUUUCUCGGCCCAGAGUAUCGAUACACUCGGCAAUGCAAGUACUGGGUCUGAUGGUGUCGGCAUUUGACAUGGUGGAGUACGCUUUAUGUCAUUCCCGCCCUCUGAAGAGGUUAAUCCUUUCCAAAUGGGAUGGCCUACCUCAUCGGAUCAGGUCUCAUAUGAUCUUUUUGACUCCGGAGUUUUGUCUGUCGCUGACUUGGUGGCUUCAGGACCAGCAAUUAAGCAGGGGCCGUCCCGUCUGGAUUCCCGACUGGGUCCUGCUGACCACGGACGCCAACCUGAGGGGAUGGGGCAUGGUGUUGGAGCAACACUCCUUUCAGGGUCGGUCGACCAAAGAGGAAUCACUCCUCCCAAUAAACAUUCUGGAGUUGCGGGCAGUGUUCAAUACGUUGCCUCUUGCCCUGCCUCUAGUAAAGAGCAGGCCUGUUCAAGUAUGGUCAGACAACACCACCACGGUGGCAUACAUCCACCAUCAAGGUCGGCAUUCGAAGCCACAUGGCAAUGUUGGAAGUGUCAAAAAUCCUUCAAUGGGCGGAACGCCAUCUGCCAGCAAUAUCGGCAGUGUUCAUUCCGGGUGUUCUCAACUGGGAAGCGGACUUCCUCAGUCGCCAGGACGUGCGCGCUGGAGAGUGGAGUCUUCAUCCGGAAGUCUUUCAACUCCUAAUGGACAAGUGUGGCCUACCAGAUGUAGACUUGAUGGCGUCUCGACAAUCACAAAGUUCCGGUCUUCGGAUCAAGGACCAGGGAUCCUCAAGCAGCGUUCGUGUACGCACUAGCCAUUCCAUGGAACUUUCGGCUGCCUGACAUGUUCCCUCCAGUGUCAUUCCUGCCCAGGGCCCUGCGGAAGUUCAAGCAAGAAGGAGGGAUACUACUUCUAGUCGCUCCGGCAUGGCCCAGGCAGCAUUGGUUCUCAGACCUGCAGGGGCUAUCGAUAGUGUCCUGUUCUACUUCCUCAGUGACCAGACCUCCUCGUACUGGGCCCUUGUCUCUACCCAGACCUGACCAGGCUGGCUUUGACGGUGUGACUCUUGAAGCUUCACUCUUAAGGGUAAAAGGAUUUUCUGAGGCGGUCAUCCAAACUAUGUUGAAGGCCCGCAAACUGGCAUCUGCCCGGAUCUAUUACAGAGUCUGGAAUUCUUAUUUCACCUGGUGUGCAGAUAAGAACUACGAUGUUCACAGAUUCUAGACGUCCAGAAUCCUGGCUUUCCUGCAACAAGGCCUGGACUUGGGCCUUCGUCUGGCCUCCCUCAAGGUUCACAUAUCUGCCUUGUCGGUGUGGUUUCAGAGACAGAUUGCGUCUAUACCCGACGUUCAUACCCUCACUCAGGGUGUAUUGCGGAUUCAAUCUCCCUAUGUCCUCCUGUGGCUCCAUGGGGAUUUGUCUGUUGUCCUAAAUGCCCUGCAAGAGUCUCCAUUUGAACCUCUUGAGUCAGUGGACCUUAAAUGGCUUGCGGCUAAGGUCCUGUUCUUACUGGCUAUUGCCUCUGCCAGAAGGGUGUCGGAUCUAGGCGCUUUGUCCUGUCGUCCACCCUUUCUGAUUUCUCCUUCAUCCACUAGGGGCCACUGGAGCGUAGUUACAAUGGGGAAAUAGUAG